CAAAAAUGGCGACAGAAAAUUUGGAGACGAAAGUAAAUUCAAUCGUGAUUGAUGAGACAAAACCAGUGGCAAACUCAACCCAUGAUCACAUCGAAACAUUUUCCAUAAGAUGGGGCUUUGAUCUGGAGGAAUUAUACAAACUAGCAUUAACGUUUUAUAAAGAAAAGGAUGGCAAAGCGAUUCAUCUAACAUAUAAAGACAAGUUAAAACUAGUUGCCUUCACGAAGCAAGUGUCUCAUGGCAAGUACAGAACAGAUGCAUCCCCUGAAGUAGGCUUUCUUGAUGUUGUCGGCAAUGAUAGGCGGCAAGCUUGGCAAGAGCUGGGUGAUAUGUCCAGAGAGAGUGCAAUGACUGAGUUUGUAAAAGUCCUCAACUCCGUGUGUCCACUAUUUAAACCUUAUAUCCAAGCUCAUAAAACCGAACAAGAAGAAUUAGAGAGGAUACGAAAAGAAGAGGAGGAGCGGAUACGUAGGGAGCAGGAAGAGGAGAAACAGAGAAGUGUUUUAGAGGAGGAAACUAAAGCAAGAGAACAACAGGAAAAAGUCAAACAGAGUCAGCAAGAGUCUCAAAUAAGAGCAGCAUUGAAUCAACAGACAGCCAUACAUUUUAAACAGUAUGCAGAACAACAAUUUCCUAAUAAUACAGAACAGCAAGACAGUUUGAUAACUCAGCUCCAGGAGCAGCACUAUCAGCAGUACAUGCAGCAAGUCUAUCAGCAACAACUUCUACAUCAACAGGAACAGUACAAACAACUACAGGCAAUGCAAGAGGGAGGUGACUCAGCAUUGAACACAGAAAAUGCUGUAAAGAAGAAGGCUCCUAAGACAACUGAUGAGAAUGGAGUAAAUGAUGGUGAGGAGGCUGAUGAUGAGGAAGAUGAAGAGGAACUUAGUGAAAACGGUAUGCCUCCAAUCGCUGCAGCCUCAAUGUGGACGCGAAAAGAUCUUAGUGAAUUCAAGAAUAAUCUCCAAAAAGAUAAGGAUUCUGUUAUAAAAGUGGGCUCUGGCGAAACAGUCACUGUGAGGGUCCCAACUCAUGAAGAUGGCACAUGCCUUUUCUGGGAGUUCGCCACAGAUAGCUACGAUAUUGGCUUUGGUGUGUAUUUCGAAUGGACAGUGUCGCCUAGCAACCAGGUCAGCGUACAUGUCAGUGAGAGCAGUGAUGAAGAAGAUGUAGAAGAUGAAGAAACGAAGAAAAAAGGAGACUUAGAAUCUGGUUCGAAUUCCAAGCAGGAUAAUAAACCCCCGACAGAUGAAAUUAUUCCCAUAUAUAGACGUGACUGUCAUGAAGAAGUGUAUUGUGGAAGUCACAUGUACCCGGGUCGAGGAGUAUAUUUGCUCAAGUUUGACAAUUCAUACUCUUUAUGGCGUGGGAAAACAUUAUAUUAUAGAGUAUAUUACACCAGAUAGAGGAUGAGCAAAAAUCAACGAUAUAGGCGCUAUUUAUUGUAACAAAAAUAUAUAUGGUUAAAGUGUCAAGAAAGAUGGAUUUAUAUGGACAUAUCAAGAAUGAUAUUUCUCGGUGGUUACGUUUCGUAUGCAAUAUAAAUGUUAUAAUAUAAAAUCUACAAGGAAAGAUAACAGAAAUGUUGUCAAAUUGUGUAGAAAUACAAGUUGG